AUCUAGCAAUAAAGUGUCAGUCACUCAACCUGCUGCCGCGUCGUCGUCGUCGUCGUCGUCGAAAUCAACGUCUAUUUCAGGAACGAACUAUAACCCUUCUCCAGUGAAAACAAUGUCAACCGCUAGCUUCAAGACGGCCUCGAUGAAAACAAAAGAAAAAAGACCCCCGAUGAAACCCCAGAUACUGGAUGAAGACGAUACAGAGGAUGAUUUAGGAACAGGCAAUCAUCGAUUGACAAAAGUAGAGGCCUCGACUCAAUGAGAUAAAACCACCUACUAUGCAACCACCAGCUAUAGCCCAUAGGGUCUUGCAACCAACGAUUGAUAUUGACAGUUUGGUCAAGACGGCUAAGGCAACCCUACAGCCAGUAUCACCAACGCCUAAACUCUUACUAAAGAAACCAUUCACUUCUCCCAACCUCAUCACUGCAUUGAAGGCGAAUCCAAAAACUCCUUCUCCUAUCAUAAGGUCAGCUGCUCCCGAUACGGCGACAGCUGCACCAAAAGAUAUGACAUUACCUCAGCAACAACAAAUAGUACGACGACAAUCUCCCACUCCGGAAUUUACUACACCACCUUCAUCUCCUUCUCAAAUACAACGUCGUGAAUCUCCUCCUGCCGUAGAAGCAGCAACAAAGACUUUCACUACUCCUUCUACUUUGUCGACCACGACUGGUCCAGCAGCAAUCGUUACGAAUACCAAUACAAAUGACAAUAGUAACACGGCCGCGAAUAUACCUACUACUACCACCACACUGACUACUACUACUUCUACUACUACUACUACAAUAUCUAAUCCUGCAUCAUCAUCUUCCAGCUCACUUGCGAACAAUCCUACUCCUGAAUCUACCGUCGCUGAUAACUCAUUAGCACCAUCUACCCAGUCAAUACAGUUAGUGAGAACACACUCUCCGCGUUCAGACCCGCGUUUGGCUCAUUUGAGUAAACCUGUCAAUUAUGAUGCUAUUAUCGAGUACAAAAAGCAUUUUGCCAAGGUGAGAUUGGAAGGCACAUUGAACAGGGAUGGUGACUAUAAGAUACGUGAUUUUAUGCAAUUGUUCAAGAAUAAUGAGAAUCAGACUAUCAUGCGCAUUGCUUCAUUCAUUCCCAUGCAUGUGCUGGAAAGCUUUUUGAAGAAAAAGGUAUCACCACCAGCACUAAAGGUUCUUCCUCUGGAAGGAGGAUCGGUCGCCAUCAGCAAAUUAAAGGGAGUUCUUUUGGGAAACAAUACGGCUGGUAGUAUAUCACACAUCCGAAAACCGACCGAAGCAUUGAUGAUAAUGAAUCAGGUACAAGUCGACAAGCUCUUAGACAAGCCAAUCUCUACCUCAACAGAUAAACAAAGCACAGGCAUCUCUCAUUGGCCACUGUAUAUGGUCUUCAUUGAGGGCUUACCACUUCGACCAGGAGCCGUUUUAGCCAAAUUGCAACAUAUGCCGCAUCAUGUGGAUAGGAAACAACUAUUGCAAACGUAUGCUUGGAGUAAAGUCUCCUACUUGCUUAAAUUUCCUGAUAAGCUGCACCAGGCAAAACAGAACAAGUCAAACAUUGUUGUCUAUGGUCAUUCUGAAAACAGUAACCUAUUAAGACUCAGUAUCGAAACUCUGGAAAUCCCAAUACCGGCAUCAUCCCAUGUGAUGAUGUUUGAUAGAUUUAAUGCUGAGGUCUUCCGCAAGGCUCUAUUCAAACAUAAGAAAAAAGGCACGCAAAUUUGGGAGUUUGGAUCUUCCGAGAAAUCAUUCAAGAUAGAGCCUGCCACUGAGUUAUUUCCCCCCUUUUCGGGAGGCUUUAUAACGACCGAUAUCAAAAACAUUGUACACAACCCCUCCAUCAUCAACACGAUUUGUGAUCAAGUGGAGAAGCUCAACUUGACACCCGGUUUAACAGGAUCUUGGAAAUUCUUGGUUCCAAUGAAUAUCUUUGCACAACUGAAGACGGCUAUUCGUGAUUCAGAAACGUCUCAGAAUAUUCAAGUGGCUGUAGCCAAUCUUACCAUUGGGUUAAGUAAAAACCAAAUUGACGCUAUACGAUUAUGGCCAGCGGAAACGUCGCGUCCUACACACUUCAUGGAUCAAGUGGCUCGAAACUUUUGCAAGACACGCCAAUACUUUAUUUACGUCGAUGAUAAAGACUCUGUUCCAGAAAUGGAGAGACAAAUGUACCCAGCUGUCGAUUUCUUCACGAGCAAGGAAAUUUAUAAACGUUUAUACACUGAAGAGUGACGCCAGCCGUUUUGAUGGCUCUGGCAUCGUUUGAAGCGACGGUAAUUGACUUACUUUCAAGCCCAAUGAACAUGUAUAUUAUACUUUAAAAUCCACUCCCAAAUGAUCCCGUUUCUGGGGUUUCCUUGUGCCCUAGGACACUUUUCCUCACCAUCCGCCCCCACCCCCCGCCUGCCCUCCCCUCCAUUCAUUCAACAAAUGAAAGAUCAAUCCA